GUAUGUAGUUUAUUGUUUUCUUUUUGAAUAAUCAUUUUAUUAUUGAAUAAUUUUAAUAAUUGGUUUCACCAUUUUCAACUUUAUUUAUAACAUUUUGUGUUUUAAUCUUAGGACCUGUAAAAGUGACUUGAGUGAUCGAUUAACGUGGCAUAGGUACGGGGAAAAGGGUAUCUAUUAGGAAUCAAAUAAUCGUGUGAAACUGAUAAAUACAAAUAUAUCAUAAGAUGUCAUCAGAAAAUUCCUUCAAGAAACUGCCUGAGACAAUUAUACCAAAACAUUAUCACAUUAGUCUCAUUCCAAACUUGAUUAACUUAAAUUUUUUCGGAGAAAUCUCUGUUGACAUAGAGAUAAUAGAACCUACUAAUGAUAUCAAAUUCAAUGCAUUAAAUUUGGAGAUAAAUUCAGUAACUUUAAUGAAUGUAAGGGAUUCAACAGAAUUACAGCCAUUAAAAAUAGUCAUUCUCCCAGAAGAUGAGACUGCAAACCUGAACUUUUCCCCAUCAAUCAAUGCUGGAAGCUAUGUUUUGAAGAUGUCUUUCAAAGGUCUCCUUGAAGAUAAUAUGAAGGGUUUUUACAGAAGCAAACAUGAAGAUGAAUCUGGCAUAGUGACAUAUUCAGCAGUCACACAAUUUGCUCCAACAGAUGCUAGACGUUGUUUUCCUUGCUGGGAUGAGCCAGCAAUAAAAGCUACUUUUGAUAUAAACCUCACAGUACCCAAAGAUCUUGUUGCUCUAUCUAAUAUGCCUGUGGUUGGCUCUGUAGAUGUUGAUGGUUUAAUCAGAUACACCUAUGAUACAACACCAAAAAUGUCUACAUAUCUUGUAGCAGUUUUAGUUGGUCAUUUUGAUUACUGUGAGAGUAAAACAGAGAAUGGUGUUUUAUUGAGGGUAUAUACCCCAAAGGGUAAGAGUGAACAAGGGCUUUUUGCAUUGGAUGUAACAAAAAAAGUAUUGCCUUAUUAUGAAACCUAUUUUAAAAUUCCCUAUCCUUUACCCAAACUGGAUUUGGUCGCUGUGGCCAGUUUGAGCUAUGGAGCAAUGGAAAACUGGGGCCUUAUUACUUAUAGGGAAUGCCGAUUAUUGGUAGAUGCCGAAAACACCUCGGCGGCCUCCAAGCAAGCCACUGCCCUAACGGUCGGCCACGAAUUAACCCACCAAUGGUUCGGCAAUCUGGUCACCAUGGAAUGGUGGACGGACCUUUGGUUGAAUGAGGGCUACGCUUCCUUCAUGCAGUUUUUGUGCAUCGACAGAUUCUUUCCGGAGUACGAUAUUUGGUCGCAGUUCCUGAACAACAUGUAUAUUCCUGCCCUAGAGUUGGACGGGUUGUCGCAUUCGCAUCCUAUCGAGGUGCUGGUGAAUGAUCCGUCAGAGAUCAACGAGAUAUUUGACAGUAUCAGUUACAAUAAAGGGGCCUCCAUUAUCAGAAUGUUGGUCGGUUACAUUGGCAACGAGAAGUUCGAAGAAGGAAUGCAUCUGUAUCUGAGCAGGCAUCGGUACGGCAACAUGCGUACAGGGAAUUUGUGGGACGCUCUCGCUGAAUGCAGUCGUUUGCCGGUUAGUGAGGUUAUGUCGACGUGGACGAAGCAGAUGGGAUUCCCGCUUCUCAAAGUGACGGCCAAACAGUCAGAUGAUGAAACAGGCAUAUCUUUGACAAUUACACAACAGAAAUUUGUAGCUGACGGUUCUGUAUCACCUGAAGGCUACACGUGGAUGGUUCCUAUCACAAUUUCCACCAGCUCCAAUCGAACGCAAAAAAUCGACGACACUCUAUUGUCAACAAAAUCCACCGAGAUAUUCGUACCGAAUGUAGGUCCAUCGGAUUGGAUUAAAAUCAAUCCGGGUGCCAUUGGGUACUACAGAACGCAGUACACUGGUCAAAUGUUGGAUAAUUUCGUGCCUGAUAUUAAAAGUGGCAGAAUAUCUCCUAUUGAUAGAUUAAUGUUACUGAAUGAUUUGUUUGCAAUGGUGAAAGCUGGUCUGGCCAAAACGACUGAACUACUGAAAUUCUUGAGAGCUUUCGAAGAUGAAACAAAUUCGAAUGUGUGGUGCUCCAUAGUGACUAUCCUCGGUAGAUUAGGGACACUUUUGAGUUACACUGAUAAUGGCGAAGCAUUCAGAAAGUAUCAAAAAACGCUGUUGAAUAAGAUUUAUCUGAAACUCGGCUGGAAUCCUCAUCCUUCUGAAACCCACGUGGACGCCCUUUUGAGAAGCAUUAUUUUGAACCGUUUCGCCUCUUUGGGAGAUGAAAACAUGAUGAAAGAAGCGAGAGAAAGAUUUUCCAAACAUGUGAAAUCGGAAGAAAAGCUGUCGGCUGACCUGAGAAGCGCUUGCUACAAAUGUGUCCUUUUGAAUGGAGGGAGAAGAGAGUUCGAGACUCUUUUGGAACUGUAUAGAUCGACAGAUCUCAAUGAAGAAAAAAUGAGGAUUGUCCUUAGUUUGGGCUGUACGAGGAAAGAUGAAUUACUCAAAGAGUUGCUACAAUUUGGUCUGUCUGACGAGGUGAAAACACAGGACUCGACCCUGGUGAUCAGCUCGGUGGCCCAAACGAAGCCAGGCAGAGAUUUGGCGUGGCAGUUCCUCAAAAACCAUUGGGACGGGCUCACGGGAGCCGGUCCCUUGCUCUCGAGGCUGGUCAAGCAGGUGACCGAGAAUUUCGCGAGCACGGAGAAAGCCGACGAUGUCCGAGCGUUCUUCGGGGGUAAAAGGGACUCGAGGGUGGAGAGGAGCGUUCAACAGGCUCUGGAAACAAUCGCUUUGAACGUCGCAUGGUUGGAAAGGGAUGCCGAUGAUAUCAAAACGUAUUUGAAUGCUUGUUGAGACUAUAUUGUACCUGAGGCAUUUCGUGUUAUUGUGUUGGUUACAACUACUGUCAUAUUCAGUGUCACUUGUCAAUGUCAGUCUGUCUCUGUUUGAAGAACAAAAGUGGUCGAAAAGACGUUUCCAGUUUGAAUUGAUAAUGAAAUAGCAAAUUUCGUUUACAUUUGACAUUCGGAUACUUGGUAGCCAACCUCUAACUAUGAAAUGUCGUGUUACCAUUCAAUAUAUAAUAUAUGGUAUAUCAUG